CCCUGUCCUCAAACCCGGGACGCAGCCGAGCCCUGGACGUAGCACCAGCCCAGCCGCGGCGGCCCGGGAAACGCAGACGCGGUGGCCCCUCCUGCCCGGGCGGGGACCCGGGCCGGCUUAGCCAGUGUGACAGCUUCAUGGCCCCGGCUGGCCACUGAGCCCCACCAUGGGUGCUUUCUACUCUGAGUACCUCAACUCCAACAAGGUCUGGGAGCACUACAAUUACACCAAGGAGACUCUGGAUGUGCAGCAGACGACGUCCCGCCAGGUGGCCUCCGCCUUCAUCAUCAUCCUGUGCUGUGCCAUCGUGGCGGAAAACCUGCUGGUGCUUAUCGCCGUGGGCCGGAACAGCAAGCUCCACUCAGCCAUGUACCUCUUCCUGGGCAACCUGGCUGCGUCUGACCUCCUGGCGGGCAUGGCCUUCAUUGCCAACACCGUGUUCUCGGGCCCUUUCACUCUGAAGCUGACGCCAGUGGAAUGGUUUGCUCGCGAGGGCUCGGCUUUCAUCACGCUGUCUGCCUCUGUCUUCAGCCUCCUGGCCAUCGCCAUCGAGCGGCACGUGGCCAUAGCCAAGGUCAAGCUGUAUGGCAGUGACAAGAGCUGCCGCAUGCUGCUGCUCAUCGGGGCCUCGUGGGUCAUCUCUCUGGUCCUUGGUGGCCUCCCCAUCUUGGGCUGGAACUGCCUGGGCCACCUGGAGACCUGCUCCACCGUCCUGCCGCUCUACGCCAAGCAGUAUGUGCUGUGCGUGGUGACCAUCUUUUCCGUCAUCCUGUUGGCCAUUGUCGCCUUGUACGUCCGCAUCUACUGCGUGGUCCGCUCGAGCCACGCGGAUCUGGCAGGCCCUCAGACGCUGGCGCUGCUCAAGACCGUAACCAUCGUGCUGGGCGUCUUCAUCGUCUGCUGGCUGCCAGCCUUUAGCAUCCUGCUCUUAGACUAUGCAUGUCCCGUCCGGUCCUGUCCCAUUCUCUACAAAGCCCACUACUUCUUUGCCUUUGCCACCCUUAACUCAUUGCUGAACCCUGUUAUUUACACGUGGCGGAGCCGGGACCUGCGGCGGGAGGUGCUGCGGCCGCUGCAGUGCUGGCAGAGGGCGGCCAGGGGGGCGGGACGACGGGACAGGACCCCAGGCCACCGCCUCCUGCCCCUUCGCAACUCCAGCUCUCUGGAGAGGGGCACACAUAUGCCCAUGUCACCCACAUUUCUGGAGGAUAACACAGUGGUCUGAAGGGAGGUGCCGGGUCACAAAGCUGCCAACAGAGGGACUGGUGACCUCAGACAGAGGUUAGGGGUUGCCAAGCAAGAUGCCC